AUGAGCGGUAAAGUUUGCAGAAUAUUUCCUUCGAAGCGAUUCAUCUCAUUGAUAAGGCCAACUGAGACGACUUGUAUUCCAACGCAAGUUGAGUUGAAAAAUGCCACUGAUGCAAGUACACAAUCUUUAUUCUCUGAAGGAGAUAAUGAUGAGUUUUUGAGUACCUCAAGAUUCCAGGUACUUGGUCAACCAGCUACAAUGGCAUCGGCACUAAUACCUCCAUCGAUUGACCUUUACGUACGCCGUGGAUGUUUAGUCUCCUUGCAUGGUUCACGUUCAAUUUCAUUGUCGCAUGAAUGGCAAAGCGUUUGGUUCAACUUGACAAGAUAUUUCACUCUUAAACCCUCAAUCUACUAUAAGUUGAUAUCUACAGCGAAAUUUAAUGCUUUGAUAGCCCCUAAUUUUACUUCGAAUAGAUUGGGACCGAUAUUGGGCCUGUCAUCCUCACCAUUUAGAACCUUGUGUUUGCUGAGCCUAGACGGUACCAAGGAUUGGAACAUUUGGGGUAAAGAUUCAAUAGUUGCCUACGAGGCUAAUACAAGUCUGGACAUCAAGCCAUCAAAGUUUUCCAUUUUCAAGAGUCAAAGACCAGUCUUUUCAUCAAAAUAUCAAAUUUUACAGGGUCGUGGUAAUGUCCUCUUGAGUGGAUCUGGUUCUGUUUACACAAUUGAAUUGAAAGAUGCGAGUGACGAAAUAAUUAUCAAAUCAGAACAUCUGCUUGGUCUGAAUGGCUCUUCUCAAUUGAAUAUCAAGGACUCCGUUGAGGUACAGACUUUGGCACCCUUACAGAAGAAAGAUGAAAAACUAUUGAGUAAAAGACCACCAGCUGGCGAAAUUAGAGACUUUGAUGUUAGGAUGUUCUUCGAGAUAUCUCGUGAUAUCUUCGCUAAUACCUGGAAUUGGUUGAAGAGAGUUUAUUCAACUCAGCUAAACGGGCCAAGCAAGUUUUUAAGAAUAAAAGGACCGAGGACCUUACUUUUGCAAAGUUCUUACAAUGUCUAUUUGCCAGCUUCCGCAAAAGGCAAGAGUCUUUUACAGGUUGACUCGAAUCCUGCUCUUUCGUCGUCAAUACCACUCACAAAAUCACCCUCUAAAGAUUAUUUGAGCUACGCUUCCGUGUUGAAAGACGGACAAGUUGACUUUCGUAGCACAGAAGACUUUAGUGAGACUCUCAAGCACACCAACAGCAAGCAGCAAAAUUGA